AAAAUCGCUUCUGACGUCAUCUUUCCGCGCCAGCUGCACGAAUUGUGGAGGACAUGAUAUAAGCAUGGGACACCUUGGAGGUUUAUUUAUCCUGAUAUCUUUUAUCACCCUGCAUCAUUACCUUUCAGGUGCUGCAGGUCACACUCUGCUCGCCUGUCGAGAGCACAGAUGCAAAGAUGGCUCGUGCGUCCUGAGACAGAAGCUUUGUGACGGACACAGCGACUGUGCGGAUGGAUCUGACGAACAGCACUGUGGUCAGCCGUGGUGUAAGAAGGACGAGUUCUCCUGCCGUGGCAGCAGAAGAUGCAUCCCUUCCCGCUGGGCGUGUAACGGCGUGAACGACUGCGGCGACGGGAGCGACGAGGAUUCCUGUCCGACCUGCCCCGCUGGCUUCGUCUCCUGCGGCCCGGCCGACGGCUGCCUGCGGGCCAGCGCGCUGUGUGACGGCCGAGUGGACUGCAAAGACGGGCGGGACGAGCGCCGGGAGUUGUGUGUUUCGGCGCCGCCACAUCCUCAGAGCGCUUCUUCCUGUCCAGAGUCGGAGUUUGAGUGCGGUGACGGCCAUUGCGUCCUCCACAGCUGGAGGUGCGACAACAAAGCCGACUGCGCCGACGGCAGCGACGAGGCCGACUGUGAGCAGAACGAGUGUCUGGUCAAUAAUGGAGGCUGUUCUCAUCGCUGUGUGGACACAAGGAUGGGCUUUCACUGUGAAUGUCCUGACCACAUGAGGCUUGUUGGGAAUAAUCACUGUGAAGAAGUGGACACGUGUCUGGAGAAGGACGUUUGUGACCAGCUGUGCGUUCACACCAACGGCAGCCUCGCCUGUGAGUGCCUCGACGGCUAUCAGAUGACCCCAAUAAGCAGAGUGUGCAAGGCCAAAGGGGUGGAAGCCCAGCUCCUCGUCUCCACACCUGAAGGACUUGUUCAGAUUGGUCUCAGCGGUGCAGCACACAGAACACUGGCAGCGCAUGUAGCAGGACCUGGACCUGUUGCAGCCUUGGCUUCCAACAACACACUGUACCUGGCCUGCCAAGGAACAUCCAUUUAUAGGGUUAACGUAAAUGGAGAGGCGUCAGAGGCUAAGUUGGUUCUGGAUGCUCCCAGCCCAGUUUCAGGCCUGACAGUGGAUUGGAUCCAUCAACUUCUGUUCUGGACCAGCUUGGAGAGCGAUUCCAUCAAUGUCGGCCUGCUGGAUGGAUCCACUCAGCGUUCGCUCAUCACGGGACUGGACAGGCCUUGUGCACUCACAGUGGACCCUCUGCACGGGCUGCUUUUUUGGGCGGAGUGUGGCAGCUCACCCAGGAUUGAGAGGGUUAGCUUGGAUGUUGAGCACAGAUUGACUCUAGUCACUUCUUUUAUACGCCAACCAGUUGCUCUUUCUCUAGAUGCGCCUCGCCAGUUGUUGUACUGGCUCGACCAGGGAAUGAGAAGCAUCUCCAGAGUCAAUCUGGAUGGGCGACAUCGUAAAACGGUGGUCGAAUCAAACGGUUACUUGGAUCGUCCGUUUGGUCUGGCGGUGUUUGAGGGUUUCUUAUACUGGAGUGACCAAGACACACAUUCCAUCUGCAGAGCCAGCAAGCAUAAUGGCAACGACUUCCAAAUACUUCCGACCAACAUCACCUCACCAGGCGGUGUUGCCAUCUUUCACCCUGUCCUUCAACCCAUCGGCAAAGCUGCGUGCGGCCGUCCGGGGUUGGUGUGCAAGCACGGGUGUGCUGUCGACCUCAUUUCCCAGACUCCAGACUUCCGAUGCACGCCACAAGAUAUGACGGACAACCGAUUACAAAACAUUCCUGCUGUUUCUCACACUUUUUCUGCAACACGUUUAUCUGAUCCUGCAUAUGCCGGAAUCCUCGCUCUUAUCGUGUCCCUCAGCGUGCUGCUGGUGGGAAUGGUCCUGUGGUGGUGGAGAGAGGAGUUUCAGCCCACCAGGAAUAUGACUACGCAGAGCUUGUCCCUCAAAGAGUCCCGGGACCCGCUCAUCAAGGGUCCAUACGCAUGCCUCGACAAGGAAACUCUUAAGCUGGACUUGGACAGGGAAUGAAGACACAGAUGGCCGGACGCCUUCCUUCGCCACACACGCUCACAAUCCCCGUGGUGGCCUGCUGCGGCCACCAGACGUGUCCCAGUUCCCUCGGUGGGUUGCAGACUAGCUUGUAGUUCAUUGCUGCUUUGAUUUUUGAACAAUUAGCCGAGUAUGUUCAGCUCUUGUGACUCUACCUAGUUUUUUGGAUUGUAUUUUCUAGAAGUGGAGCGCGCUCACUCCCUCAAGGCGCCACAAGCAGCUAUGUCCUUCAGCUUGCAAUAGUCGUAGACGAUACCUCGCAGCUUCCUUUCACGUUUUCUCUAUUCUCCCGUCAGACUUUGAUGGCAGGGCUUCAGCUGAGAGUUCUCAUUUUUUGAAGUUUUAAGUUACACAAAACAUUCUCAAGUCCAGUACUGUUUUGGAAGGAAAAAGCUUCCAUUUAGGAUGUUUUUCAAAUGCUUCAUUAUUUUAAUGCAUCCAACGAAGCAGUCGUGCCUUUAAACCGGACACUCUUUAGUUGUCUCUUAAAGGGGAAGUGCACUUUUCCUAUCAUUCACGAUCUUUAUGUGAGACAAGAAAACACCUUUCUUUUUUCUGUGCGUUCUAAACCGUGCAAAACUGCUAGCAAGAGGCGGCCAACAAUGCAAGUAAUGGGGGUGUCCUAUAUUGCGUCUAUAAAGUCCUUUUUUAAAAACAUCCAAAAACCGGCAACAAUGCUCCAUCUACAUGCCGUGACCUGCAUAUAACCAAGCUAUAGCAACAUUAUUAUAAAAGCUAACGCAGAGGAACUACUUUUAGUAACAGACACUCUGCUCCUCUGGCCAUUAGUGAGAGGUAAUUGCCUCUGAGUUGGUAAAAGUUGAUGCGUGAGAAUUGUGUUGAGUUGGUCAUCUAAACGGGGAGCACAAUACUUGUGCUGAAAGAUACAACCAUCCCUGUGAAAGCGGACAUUGUAAGUCAGUUUUAUGUUUGUGUUUUGGAUUUCUUGUUAGCACUUAGCAUUAGUGCUACAUAAUGGAUUAACUGGAUCUGCUUAAAGUUGUAACUCAUCUUCUGUAUGUUUUUGUGAGGGCUUUAUAGGCAGAAUACCCCAAUUACCUGUAUUGUUAGCUGCCUCUUGCUAGACUUUUUUGUUUCUUUUUCUUUUUCUUUUUCUUUCAGAGAUUGUGGGUGUUAGACAAAAACAAGUGCAGUUCCCCUUUAAAGAACUAUUUUGUGUACAUGGUGGUCUGAUGCACAACGUCAUCACGUUUGUGAGUCUUGUGACUCAUACUUGGUAUUUACUCUGAAUAAUGCCAUGAAGGACGUCUUCCUGUUGUUGUUUUUUAGGUCAUUUGACAGCGCAAAGGCUUCUGUUUUUUUUUUUGUGUGUGUCUGGGGUUUGUUUUUGUGUGAACGUUGCGCAUUUGACCGUGAAAGCCUCCUUUUGUGAAUUUAAGAGGAGAUGCAGAGGAACUUAUUUAAGUCUGGUACAAACUGCUGUGUUUUGUAUUUAUUAAAUAAGGGUUUUAUUUAUGAUGGCACUUUUGUAUUUGCACCGUGGCCAAAACUGACUGGAAAUCAUGAAUCGAUUAAAAGUUUUUUUUUCUUUCUUCUUA